CGGCUUUACACCACUGUUUACGUUUGAUCGAUAAGAGUGAUAUCGAUCUGAUAAGGAUCUGGGAGUCUUUGUACCGAACAUUAGUCCACUAAUUGUUCAACAAACCGUUGAAGUUUUUUGAAGUCGGCCCGGUGGCUCAGCUGAGUAUCCGGAAAUUAUUUUGGUUCAGAACGUUCACAUCAGGAAGUUAGUUCUACUACACGCUAUGUAUGUGCGCAAUCAAACACCUAUUGUUUUCAUGCAACCAUUUGGGCUGUAGACUAUGAAAUAUUUUCUUUCAUGCAACAAUGUUGAAAUGUACAGAAAAAGUAUUUGGUAAACAAUGUUGUUUAGUCUGACCACCGGUCACCUCUUUUUUUGUCUAUCUAUUCGCAGGUUAGCGUUUUUCGUCCUGGAUCUUGUUCUGGAGGCAGCUCUGCAGAGUGGUUACUAGCUGACACCAAAUUAUACCAUCUGAUUUUAAACCUAACCCUAAGAUUAACCACACUGCUAACCCUAAUGCCAUUUGUUUUUUGGGGACAAUAUAGCCAUUUUGACAUUUGCAGCUGGCCAAUCAAAGGGGAAAUCGCUCAGUACUGCCUCCAGGACAAGACUCAUGACAAUAAACGUCAACCUGCUAUUUAUUCGUCAGCUGAUGUGAGUGUGUGUGUGUGUUAUAUAUAUUUAUGUAUAGUGUGUGUGUAGACUAGUGUUUUUUUCUAUAGAGUGUGUGUUAUGGUGUGAGUCUGUUAUAGAGUGUGUAUUAUAGACUGUGUGUGUUGUAUUAUCAGUGUGUUGUAGCCUAGUGUGUGGGUGUGUGUCUAUGUUGUAAGAUAUGCGUGUUGCAGAGUGUGUGUUAUAGUAUGUGUGUGUGUUAUAGAGUGUGUGUUGCAGAGUGUGUGUUAUUAUAGUGUGUGUCAUGGAGAAGUAUGAGAACUUGGGUAUGGUCGGUGAGGGAAGCUACGGCAUGGUCAUGAAGUGUCGUCACAAGGAGAACGGGAGGAUCGUGGCCGUUAAGAAGUUUCUGGAGUCAGAGGACGAUAAGACAGUCAAGAAGAUCGCCUUGAGAGAAAUCAAGAUGUUGAAGCAACUGCGCCAUGAGAAUCUUGUCAACCUGCUGGAGGUGUGGAAAAAGAGGCGUCGCUGGUACCUGGUGUUUGAGUUCGUAGAACGUACGGUUCUAGAUGACCUAGAACAGAGUCCAACGGGACUAGACUACAGCCGCCUAAGAAGAUACGUCUACCAGAUACUACGGGCUAUCUCCUUCUGCCAUCAACACAACAUCAUCCAUAGGGACAUCAAGCCAGAGAACAUCCUGGUAUCUCAGGGUGGAGUGGUCAAGCUGUGUGACUUCGGGUUCGCCAGGACAAUGGCUCCACCAGGAGAGAAUUACACGGACUACGUAGCAACCCGCUGGUACAGGGCCCCAGAACUACUGGUGGGGGACACCAAGUACGGGAAGGCGGUAGAUGUGUGGGCUGCAGGCUGUCUCUUCGUAGAAAUGUUGACAGGAGAACCACUGUUUCCUGGAGACUCUGACAUCGACCAGUUAUACCACAUCAUCAGGUGCUUUGGCAACCUGACCCCUCGCCACCAGGAGUUGUUCUAUAAGAACCCAGUGUUUUCAGGAGUCAGUCUACCGGAGGUGACCGAGACGGAGCCUCUACUACAACGCUAUCCUAAACUGUCCACAACUGCUACAGACCUUACGCAGAGGUGUCUCCAGAUGGAUCCAGACAGGAGGUCACAGUGUUCUGAUCUGCUGCAGCACCAACUCUUCACUAACGAUGGCUUCCACCUCAGGUUUGUCCAGGAGUUGAAUGCUAAGAUCCAGAAGGAUCAGAAAGGGAACUCUCCCCUUCCCAAGAUGAACAAGACGACCAAGAAAGACAAGGAGGAAGUAGAGGAGAGGACUGGGAAGUACAAGGACUCCAGCAGUACAACAGUCAAAGGGAACGUCACCAAACUCUCUAAAGCUCCAACCACCACAGAGCCUAAACCCCGAGACCCGGACAAGACAAUAGAGUCGACCACUACUAUGACCACUACUGCAGCUGUUAAACCCGAGAAGGCUGACUGGAGCACAGAGACCCAUGCAGUCACGGUCCACCACGGUCGAACCACCACCGUGAGUCUGAGCAACACUAUCGCCAUCAAACCCAGAGCGGAAGAACCAGAGAGGACCGUAGAGGACUACGAUCCAACCGUAGGACCAACCCAGGACCAACCUCUACCUCUCAUCCCUCCCCUCGCACUCACCUUCACACAGACACCUUCACACAACCUACUGGCUGUCGUCACCCACGGCAACGGCAACCUGGGCGGAGUUGGGUCUCACCCCGGAACACUCGGUCUGAGGUCAAUAGACAAAUCUAAAAGACAUGUAAGCAUUUUCAACAGACUCUCACAGCAAUCUCUCUCCAGUCAUUUCACUGGCAAUCUGAUGGCUCAGAUCCUCACUCUCUCCUCUUCUCCUCCUCUUCUUCACUCUCUCCUCUCUUCUUCUCUCUUUCCUCUCCAGAUGAUAUCAGAGAAGAGUGUGAUCCACGAGCGUUCCUUCCUGUCCGAACGCGAGCGUAUGGCUACGGUUGGGAAGAGGAAACCAGACGUUCUCUUCCCUGAACUAAGAACCUCUCUGCUGCCUGAGAUACGAGGGGCUGAAGGUAAACAGACUAAACCCACCAGGACCAGAAGAAGGAGAGACACAUCCCCUCUAUAGCCACAAUGGACCACACCACUACACCACACUACAAUAUACACCACUACACCACACUACAAUAUACACCACUACAAUACACUACAAUAUACACCACUACACCACACUACAAUAUACACCACUACACCACACUACAAUAUACACCACUACACCACACUACAAUAUACACCACUACAAUACACUACAAUAUACACCACUACACCACACUACAAUAUACACCACUACACCACACUACAAUAUACACCACUACACCACACUACAAUAUACACCACUACAAUACACUACAAUAUACACCACUACACCACACUACAAUAUACACCACUACAAUACACUACAAUAUACACCACUACACCACACUACAAUAUACACCACACUACAAUACACUACAAUAUACACCACUACACCACACUACAAUACACUACAAUACACUACACUACAAUACACUACAAUAUACACCACUACACCACACUACAAUACACUACAAUACACUACAAUACACUACAAUACACUACACUACAAUACACUACAAUAUACACCACUACACCACACUACAAUACACUACAAUACACUACAAUACACUACAAUACACUACAAUACAAUACACUACAAUAUACACCACUACACCACACUACAAUACACUACAAUACACUACAAUACACUACAAUACACUACACUACAAUACACUACAAUAUACACCACUACACCACACUACAAUACACUACAAUACACU